AUGCCGGCUGACCUGACCAUCUCAGACAUCCAUUCCUUACCAAAAGACCAAGCACUCGAAAUUCUUGCCGAGAUUCAACGCGUCGAGAAAAAGACGUUCCCCACUAAUGAGGCAUUCGGGUUCGGUGAGGAACUCUGGCGCAAGAAGCCCAACACCAGGGUCCUGUAUGUGACCCGUGCGGUUCCAGAUGCUCGCCCAACCCUGCUGGCCUAUGCCGUCUAUGUCCGCCAGAAGGGAGUAGCCCUGCUGCACAAGGUUUGUGUGGGAGAAGCCUAUCGCCGUCAGGGCGUCGGGAUGCACCUCAUGAAUUAUCUUCGUGUUCGGCUGCAAAGGGAGGGAUGCCAGCACGUUCAACUAUGGGUCGACAAAGCCAGAUCUCCCGCGCGGUCCCUAUAUGCCCGCAAUGGCUUCAAGGAGCGCGAGCAAAUCCUGGACUACUAUGCGCCAGGGCGCACUGGGAUCAAAAUGAUCCUCGAUCUCUAG